UUUACCAAGAACAUCUUCUCCUUGCGAGGAGAUCGUUGGAGGCAAAUGAGGAAUACAUUAAGCCCCUCUUUCACAGCCAGCAAGAUGAAGUUCAUGUUUGAUUUACUAUCGAAAUGUUCUCACGAUUUCGUCGACUAUUUGGUGGACCAUCCAGAACUUUGCCAUACGAUCGAAACGAAGGAAGCCUUUAGACGAUAUACCACCGACGUUAUUGCUUCAGCUGCGUUUGGUAUAAGUGUAAAUUCUAUGAAAGAUCGUGACAAUGAAUUUUAUGUAAAGGGAGUGGAGGCUACCAAAUUUCCUGCUGGACUAUUUGCGAUGGCCAAGUUCAUGAUUAUAAUUACGUGUCCAUCAUGGCUCGUUAAAUCACUUGGUUUGACUUUUUUUCCGUCGAAUACGGGCGUGUUUUUCAAGAAAAUCGUACAGGAAACAAUUAGUGCGCGAGAAGAUCAAGGUAUCGUCAGACCGGAUAUGAUCCAUUUGCUAAUGCAGUCUCGAUAUAAAGAAGGUGAUUCUGUACACAAAAUGUCACUAGACGAUAUCGUUUCGCAAGCUUUUAUUUUUUUCCUUGCGGGUUUCGAAACCUCUUCGACUUUGAUGUGUUUCGUUGCUCACGAGCUGGCGGUUAAUCGAGAUAUUCAAGAGCGUCUGCGCAAGGAGGUACUGCAGCAUCUUGCCGAAGGAAACGGUGAGAUUUCUUAUGAGUCGCUAUCCAGGAUGACUUACAUGGAUAUGGUGGUUUCAGAAGCUCUCAGAAAAUAUCCACCGCAGAUUGUCAUAGAUAGACUUUGUGCUAAGAGAUACGAACUGCCUCCAUCGCAACCAGGUUGUAAGAAUGUAAUCGUCGAAACUGACGAUGCAGUGCUGUUUCCUGCUUAUGCUAUACAUCACGAUCCGAAGUAUUAUCCGAACCCGGCCAAAUUCGAUCCUGAAAGAUUCAGCGAAGAAAACAAAGACAAUAUAUUCCCAUACACUUAUCUACCAUUCGGUCUUGGGCCCAGAAAGUGUAUCGGCAAUCGAUUUGCUCUGAUGGAAACUAAGAUUGUCAUUGCUCAUCUUUUACAAAGGUUUACUUUGAAGGCUACGGAAAAAACCGUUGAACCCAUUGUAUUCACUAAAAAGGAAUUUAUAUUAAAACCUGUUGGCGGAUUUUGGAUUAGCUUAGAGAAGAGAGAAAUGUAAAAAUUUGGGAGCAGAUAUAUUAUUUUGCAAUGUAGUUUUUCCGCAAAAAUAUUACCGUAUUUCAAUAAUUUUUAAAAUUUUUCGCUUUCAAAUAUAAAUGUAAUUAAAUAAGAUUUAUUUGCAAUGCAUUUUACAUUAUCACGCAGAGCAUAUGCUCGAGUAGUAUGUUAAAAUUAAAUUUUUGUUCAUAAAAAAUUAAACAUUACGAUAAAUAUUGUGCUUGUUUUACAAUUUACUCGAUCUUGCUGAUCGUUUUAAUGGCUUAUAACUUCCAUAGAUCAUCUAAUUGUAAGAUAAAGGCAAUACCGUUAAUAUUUUAUAUUAGAUCGAGAACAUAUUUUUUGCGCAAACAUCUACCGAAUCUUUUAAAUUUCGAACUCAUUUUUUUUCUUAUUAGUUCAGAUUAUAUUUACUAAUCUAGAUUCUCUCAUAAUUUGUUGUUAAACAAGCAUUAAACAAGGAAAUAAACUAAUUACUUAAUUUAUUAUCUUCUACUUCUUAAAAAGGUAUAGAUAAUUAAUAUCACUAACUAUUGCAAUAAAUAUUAC